UGCUGGGAAAAUACAAGAACAGCAAAAGUAGUGGUUAGCACUAUUGUCUCAAGAUCAUACCACCGUCUCCACCCUCUGGCCUUCUGGGUCACAUUUUAGUCAAAUUGAAUAAAGCCAAUGGAUUACAUUACGCACUGGAAUCUUCUGGUCUCAGUCUGAGAGCAGGCGGCUCAGAAAGCUGGGGGCUCUGGUGAAGACAUUUGGUUCAAAAUGUCUGAACGCUAUGACUGCACGGAGUGUCAAGAGUCCCUAUACGGGCAAAAGUAUGUCCUGAAGGAAGAACAACCACACUGCAUCACAUGCUACGAGGCACUGUACUCCAACAGCUGUGAAGUGUGUAAGAAGCUCAUCAGCUGCACCAGCAAGGAUCUUUCGUACAAAAGCCGUCACUGGCACAGCGACUGCUUCCUCUGCAGCAAGUGCACCAGAUCGCUGGUGGAUCGACCCUUUGCCACCAAAGCUGAUCUGCUGAUGUGCACCGACUGCUACUGCCAUGAGUACUCCGCCAAGUGCUAUGCGUGCCUGAAGACCAUAAUGCCAGGCACCAAGAAGAUGGAGCACAAGGGCAACAGUUGGCAUGAGAACUGCUUUAUUUGCAACCACUGCCAGCAAACCAUUGGCACCAAGAGCUUUGUCAAGAAGGAUAACAAUAACUACUGCAUGUCCUGCUACGAGAGACUGUUUGCCCUGCAGUGCGUCCACUGCAAGAAGCCCAUCACCACUGGAGGCAUCAGCUACCAUGACCAGCCCUGGCACAAAGAGUGCUUCGUUUGUACUGGUUGUAAGCUACAGCUGGCCGGCCGGCGGUUCACCUCUCGUGAUGACUUCGCCUACUGCCUGGAGUGCUUCUGCAACCUGUUUGCCAAGAAAUGCAUCUCGUGCAGCAAACCAAUCAGUGGCCUGGGGGGCAGCAAGUACAUCUCCUUUGAGGAGCGCCAGUGGCACAACAACUGCUUCAACUGCAAAAAGUGCGGAGCGUCUCUGGUCGGCCGAGGCUUCCUGACGUCCAAGGAAGACAUCUACUGUCCCGACUGUGGCAAAGACCUCUGAGCUUUUUGGCCGAGAGAGGAACCUGCAUGAUGUAUCCCAGUCCUUGCAUGCCGUAACAUCCUACUGAAUCCCGACUGACAUAAAGAAAUAGUUGUCACCCAUAUAUAAUUUUUCUGAGAACAUACACUCUACAGGAUGAUGUUUUUGAUGCAUACCACACGAUUUCUACUAAUCAGUAUUUUGAUCUAAUACAGUUUGAUAAAACACGACUAAUGUGUGUAAUUAUUUGCUCUUUAUUAAUAUCUAAUGAAAGAUUUAGAAGGACAAU